UUUUCCAUUACCUCACCAAGCGCAAUUUUUGGUGUUUUUUUCUAAUUUGUGUACAUUUUUUAACGUAAUUACUUUAUUUACACAAAAGUCACCAACAGUUAAUAAGUGAACGUUUUUUUCGUAUGAGAGUCAGGCGUUUUUUAAGUAAAAGCCGGGCCCUAACCUCAAACUAGUGUCGAAAAAUGAGUUUUUUGCGCUGUGGUUUCGCCCGUGUCCGUUACUUUUGCAUCCAAAGUGUUGGAAAAGUCAACUAUUUCGUGCCUAAAGCCCCCACACGGUCAAAAAUCGACCGGAAUAAGUUGCCCCCACGCACUAGCAUUGACGCUAAAACUAUAGCCCUUCUAGAGCGUUUAUCACUCGUUGAUUGCGCUAAUAAACAGGGGAUAGAGACAUUGGAGGACGCUAUUGCCUUUGCCGACCAAAUCCAACAAGUGGACACUUCAAACAUCGAGCCUUUAGUUACGGUUUUGGAAGACAGGCCGUUACGGACGCGGGAAGACUGUGUUACUGAAGGUAACUGUCGUGAGGAUAUUUUACAAAACGCUGAAAUCACCGAAGAGGAGUAUUUUAUCGCCCCCCCUGGAAACAUCCCCCUGGAGCCUCGCGAGGAUUUGCUGCACGAUGACGUUCGAAAAGAUCGUGAAACUGUGUGA